GCAGAGGGGUUCAGCAGAGGGGUUCUCGCUGGCAGCUGAGCCAGCCGAGGCAUCUCCUCUCCAGCCACCAGGGCCUGGCAUGCCAGCCUGGAAGACAGCAUGGUGCGGGUCCUGCAGAUGUGCCUUGCUGUGAAUGAUGAGAUGCUCCUGCCCCCCCAUAGCCCAGGAAGGGGGCCACUGUGUGAGCGAGUGAGCUGUCACCCGCCUCUGCGAAGCAACUGAUUCUUAGAAACCAAGCCAGCAAAGACAGGAAGAAAGAAAAAAAUGAACACUUCACAACAAAGAAGGGAGGAAAAGAAGAGAGCAAAUUUCAGGUCAGAGUGGGUGGAAGGGAACCUGAACCCGUGCUAGUUCUCUGGCCAGAUGCCUGUCACUUGUAGCAGGGACCUGAGAGAGGCUAAGCAGACACACUGGACUUACACACCAAGACUUCCUUCUUUGCCUCUUGGAACGAGGAUUUGUGUGUUGUUACUUUUUCUCACUGUGCCCGGACUAUGUGUUCUAGACCCGUGGUGGUUGGGCUCAUGUCUGUAGUCUCAUCUGCCACCUCUCCUGUCUUGGCCCCUGGCCGUCAUCCCGCACACAGUGCUCCCUCCCUGAUGUCUCCUGCUCCGAGAAGGAUGGUGUUGGGUCACAUGGCCACAAGUGAGGUAUUUAGUCCGUGGUUGACUGGCUUCAAGGCAGGGCAUCAUGGCGGAAGAGCAUGGCGGAAGAAAUCUCACCACGUGAUACCCAGGAAGCAAAUGAGAAGGGGGGAAACCAGAGAGAACAACUGGGCAUCAUGUGGUUAUGGCCACACUGUGCCCCUAUCGGAUGGGGGCAAGGCCUUCUGCAUCAUCUACUCGGUCAUCGGCAUCCCCUUCACGCUCCUGUUCCUGACUGCCGUGGUCCAGCGCAUCACCGUGCAUGUCACCCGCAGACCAGUCCUCUACUUUCACAUCCGCUGGGGCUUCUCCAAGCAGAUGGUGGCCAUCGUCCAUGCUGUUGUCCUCGGGUUUGUCACCGUGUCCUGCUUCUUCUUCAUCCCAGCUGCUGUGUUCUCAGUCUUGGAGGAUGACUGGAACUUCCUUGAAUCCUUUUAUUUUUGUUUUAUUUCCCUGAGCACCAUCGGCCUGGGGGAUUAUGUUCCUGGGGAAGGCUACAAUCAAAAAUUCAGAGAGCUCUACAAGAUCGGGAUCACAUGUUACCUGCUGCUGGGCCUCAUCGCCAUGCUGGUGGUCCUGGAGACCUUCUGUGAGCUCCAUGAGCUGAAGAAGUUCCGGAAGAUGUUCUAUGUGAAGAAGGACAAGGAUGAAGACCAGGUGCACAUUGUGGAGCACGACCAGCUGUCCUUCUCCUCCAUCACAGACCAAGCGGCCAGCGUGAAGGAGGAGCAGAAGCAGAGCGAGCCCUUCGUGGCCGCGCAGGUGUCUGCCUAUGCGGAGGACUCCGCCAGCCACUGAGCCUGGCUGUGGGCUGCGGCACCGGGCCAACACGAGGGACAGGUUCAACUGUGCCCAUUUAUACAAGAAUAUAAAAGCCGAGGCGAUGUUAUUUUGAGAAAUAUCUACUGUUUGCGUUAUUUUUAAAAGUAGAAUAAAGGAAUCCUUGACUUUGGAAGGAUGUCUGAUAUCUGGGGAAAUGGGAUCUGUACCUGUGAGUCACAUAUGACAAAAUUACCUGUACUAAUACAAGAGCCCUGGAGCAGUGUGCUGAGGUGGAUUAAAGCUGAUUUUUGUAUUUUUACUUGGGGACGUUGGGAUUUGCAUUAAAAUCAUUUGCUGAUGGCUAAAUAGGAACAUUUAUAUUUAAAAGCAAAAAACUGAAAUGGUGUUUUAUAAAUGGGGUUAUGUGUGUUGGUUUGCAUGCACCCAUUCAAAGUGAUUAUUUUUGUAGAACUAAGUUAAACCUACUAUUUAUAAUGGAUAGGUUACCAUUAACUAUGUACAUAUAAAGUAUAAAUAUGUUUAUAUCCUGUACAUAUGGUGUAGGUUGCCAGAUCUCAAUAUACUUCUUAAUCCAGAAUUGUAGAUAUUUUUCCUUUUGAUUUGUCUUUAUACUAAGGAAUCCAUUAUUGCUAUAAUAAGAAGGGGAACAAUAAAUUUAAAGAGUAACUAUAACAUUCUACUACAAUAAAAAAUAUUUCUAUAUUCUUGCAGUAGUGUAUCAGAUGUCUAAAAUAUCUGUAAACUCUUGUUUUGGAAGAGGAUAAGCAAGGAAUAGCAGAACUUGUAAAAAUGUUGAGAAAGUAAUUUGUGAUUUAUACCUACCUAGUACUAAAGCACAGAACAUGGACAUAAAAGUCCCAAAUGAACAGACUAUGUUCCAUUAAUCCAUAAAUCCUAAAUUAGCUAAAAUAAAUAAAAACCAUGAUUGAUUGUAA